CUCUUCCCCCAUGUCCGGUCCAAAGGGACCAUGAGGCUUGAGCCGUUGUCAGAUUACCUUCAGCGAGUACAAGCAUUUACGGAUGUCGUCGCUACCGCUAAAGCACAGCAGGAGGCAGCAGAGGCGGAACGUCAGCGGCUGGCCGAUGAGGCGGCAGCCCAAGCUCGGCGGACUACUGAGGUUGACGCAACGGCUCGAGAUAGAUGGAAUGCCGCCAGCGCUGAGUCCCUGAUUCAAAAUGAGAAUCAGUGGACAAUGCUACUCCAAGGCAUGAUCUUUGUGCAUACGGACGUGCAGGCGGAUCCGACACCGGUGGAGGCAGAAAGCAGUAACCUGGCUAACCUGAUGCUGGGCAUGAUGAGAGCGCAGCAGCAACAGCACCAGCUGUUGAACUGCAUUCUCACACGCGUCAACAGCAUCGAGGCUCAGGCCUCAGCAGUGCCAGGCUGCAUGACAGACACGACGAAGCAGCUCGGGGAGCGCAUCGACCAUGUCGUCAAUCUGAUCGGUGAACUGGGUGACUUCACUAGUCUGGCCACAAUCAGCAGCACGGUGGCCGCCAUCAAGACGGACAUCACCAAGCUGCAGUCACGACCGGACGCCGCGACAAAGGCAUACAAGAUGCCGCGCUUCAACAUCGACAAGUUUGACGACUACAACAAGACGGACGCUUUGACAUGGUGGCAAGGCUUCCUCACCGAAGCAUCCUGCCACUCUGUAUCGGCCGAAAAUAUGAUGAAAGCGCUCUACCUCCAACCCAUUGGAGGAGCACAGGCAUGGAUGAACCAUACCGCGUCCAAUCUGAAAUGCACCAUCACCCAACUGCACACGCAUAUUCUGUGGAACCAGUUCGAGCAAAUGUGGUUCACUCGAUUCAUGGUCCGCAACGUUGUAAAGGCGGCCAUGAACGACGUCUACUCCAGUUCACAAGGGAACAUGCCAACUCGAGACUGGACGAUCAAGUGGCAGAAGAUAGUAACCACUCUAGGCUUCGACUUCAGUUUCCCAAACCAACGAUCCGAGUUCUUUUCGCGAUCGUGCGCAGGACUGCGGACGGCACUCAACAACGAGUACGACUAUGCCUCAUUCCAGGCUAUUAUGGAUCGUGCGAACCUGGUCAUCCAAACGGAUGACAAGGCCGCCAACGAACGACAGUCCCAGCCGCACUAUGUGGCUAAGCAAGGCUACCAACGGCCGACGCAUAACAAUGCAGUGGUUCCUAGUGAGCCAAUUGACCUCCACGCUGCAGCAGCAUCCUCGGGUGAUGGAGGAGUUGUCGCAACACUCCCACCAAAGCGUACCAAGAGAGUUCAGAAGAACAAGGCGACACAAACGACGACAUCGACGGGAACUGGGCAGCAACCAUGGACGGCAUACAACAUUACCAAGGAAGCAACACUGAAGAGGAGAAUGUUGAGAGGAAAGGAGGGGAACGAUGGGGGAAGACCGUACAAAGAAGUCGCGCCACGACGUGAUGACAAAAUCCGUGGCUGGCGAAGAUACGAUAGUCCAGAGGGAAUUCAAGGUGGGGGAGGGGACGGAAGAAGAGAUAAUCCAGGGGGCGGCGGAAGACGGGACGAGGACGGUACGUUCGGGCCGGGUGGAGGACGGGGACGAAGCGUGGAGGGGGCGGAAACGGAGGGAGAUGGUGAGCGAGAGCGGCGGCGCCGGCGGGAGGUUGUUGGGCCAUCAUGUCGAAUGGCGGCGUCUGAGGGAAUGGCGGGAUUCAACGCGGAUCCUCCCCGAAAGAUAGGUGAUGCUUGUGCUGGAGGAGCCUCCUGGGGCUCAGGUGCUGAUGCUUCUUCUUCCUUCGACGUCGAUCGGGCCUUCGACUCCUCCUCUUUGAUAGCCCGGCGAGGGCUAUGCGACCCGGGUCGUCGUCCGACGGUACCUCGCCGCUCUCCUGAUGAGCCUUUCAGAACUCGUCGAAAUCGGAGUUAUCUGGCGCAAGGUCGUCUAGGUCCAACUAGCACCAAGCCGUAGGAUUGUGGUCACUUAGGUACUGCCCGUAAUCUUCCGUGCAGUUCGCCCAGAUUAUGGUUGGCGUCAACUUUCUCUC